CCUACUCUUCACAUUCAGUGGAAAUCUGGCGCCACUGGUAUAAUACGCGCCACCGCCGAAACCACUUCAAUUUCUUUUCUCUGUUUUUAGCUUUGUUUUUAUUAGGUUGAAUUGUAUUUUGUUUGUGAUUUUUGGUAUGGGUUGUACGGCGUCGAAGCUGGACAAUGAGGACACGGUGAGGCGGUGUAAGGAGCGGCGCCGCCUGAUGAAGGAGGCGGUCCAUGCGCGUCACCACUUGGCAGCUGCACACUCCGAUUACUGCCGCUUCCUUCGCCUCACGGGCUCUGCCCUUUCCUCUUUCGCUGCUGGCGAACCCGGCCUCUCCGUCUCUGACCAAACCCCCGCCGUUCUACUCCGCUCUACCAAUCCACAUCCAUCCCACGUCCAUCCUAUUCCUCCUCGUGUCCCCCCGUCUCCUUCGCCGUCCCUCCGACCGCCCCCCCCUCCUACUCAUUUCUCCCCCUCUCCGUCGCCCUCUCCCAACAUCGCCAGCUCCGAGCUCCCACACAUACUCUCCGCUUCCAGUUUACCCUCUAACCGUCGCCGUCCCCGUAAGUUACCCCCUAAGCUCCCUCACAUUUUAUCUGAGUCGAGUCCUUCCUCCUCGCCAGUUAGUAAUAAAUCCGGUUUCUACAACAAUUUCUAUCCCACUGCUUAUCAAGCCAAUUCCACCUACUCCAAUACUCCCUCCCAAACUUCCUCCGUCUGGAACUGGGAGAAUUUCUACCCUCCCUCUCCACCAGACUCCGAGUACUUUGACCGGAAAGCACAACAGAACCAGCAAUACCACCAACGUCCAGAUAACAACCACUCCGUUGACGCCGGAGAAGAUAUGGAAGCAGAAAGGUCGGAGUACGAUUUCUUCCACUCACAGAAGGUCAACCAGUUGCAUCGGAAAAACAACAACGCGAGGAGCAAUAUCGACGAAGAAACGGAGAGAGAGGAAGUACAGUGUAGCGAGUGGGGGGACCACGACCGCUACACUACCUCGACUUCAUCGGACGACGAAGUGGACGAGCUUGAAUCCAGAUCCGAGAUUGAGAGCCGGUCGAAUUUCGAAGCCUCGGUGAGGCCGGAAUCAGAAAAGCAACACGGCAAUCUCCACAAUCAGCCGCCGCCGCAGCAAACGUACGGCCGCGCCGCCACCAAAUCGGAUAAGUCGGAGGACCCGGGAUCGUCGGCGGGCAGUUAUAGAACUAGUGAAGUGAUGGAUAUGAAGAUGGUGGUUAGGCACAAGGACUUAAAGGAGAUUGUGGAUGCGAUCAAAGAGAAUUUCAACAAGGCCGCUGACGCCGGAGAUCAGGUCUCCGAGAUGCUAGAGAUCGGCCGGGCUCAGCUCGACCGGAGUUUCCAGCAAUUGAAGAAGACUGUCUAUCAUUCAAGCAGUGUCUUGAGUAACUUGAGCUCGAGCUGGACGUCAAAGCCGCCGUUGGCGGUGAAGUAUAGACUGGACACGGCGGCCAUGGAUGAACCGGGCGGUCCAAAGAGUCUCUGCUCCACACUGGACCGGCUCUUGGCUUGGGAGAAGAAACUCUACGAGGAAGUGAAGGCUAGAGAAGGUGUGACAAUUGAGCAUGAGAAGAAGCUGGCAGUGUUGCAGAGGCAGGAGUACAAGGGGGAGGAUGAAACCAAGUUAGAUAAGACCAAGGCUUCUAUAAAAAGACUGCAGUCACUGUCUAUUGUCACUUCUCAGGCUGUCUCCACUACCUCGACUGCCAUUAUUGGUCUUAGAGACAGUGAUCUUGUUCCUCAGCUUGUGGAACUCUGUCAUGGCUUCAUGUACAUGUGGAGGUCAAUGCAUCAGUACCAUGAAGUCCAAAACCACAUUGUCCAGCAAGUACGUGGCCUUGUAAACAACUCUGGCAAAGGUGACUCUACUUCAGAAAUGCACAGACAGGCAACCCGUGAUCUGGAGUCAGCUGUUUCAGGCUGGCAUUCUAGUUUCUGUUGCCUGAUAAAAUUUCAAAGGGACUUCAUCUGUUCCCUCCAAGGCUGGUUCAAACUCGCCCUUCUCCCUGUAACCAAGGACAAUGUUGAUGGCAAUAGGGAACUCUCUGAUGCAUUUGCUUUUUGUGAUGAGUGGAAGCUUGCUCUUGAGCGAGUUCCUGAUACAGUCGCUUCUGAAGCCAUCAAGAGCUUUAUCAAUGUGGUCCAUGUGAUAUCCGUUAAGCAAGCUGAGGAACUGAAGAUUAAAAAGCGAACUGAAACUGUAUCAAAGGAGCUUGAGAAGAAAGCUUCAGCCCUACGGAACAUAGAAAGGAAAUUCUACCUCUCAUAUUCUACAGUCGGUAUCAGCAUUCCUGAUGUGGGGCCUGAUAAUGGACAGGUUUUGGAUGCUCGUGACCCACUUGCCGAGAAAAAAACUGAGCUUGCAGCCUGCCAAAGGCGGGUGGAAGAUGAAAUGGUGAGGCAUUCCAAAGCAGUAGAGGUGACAAGAGCAAUGACACUGAACAAUCUACAAACAGGAUUGCCAGGGGUUUUCCAAGCAUUAACCAGUUUCUCUGCCUUAUUUACCGAGUCACUUGAAUCUGUUUGCAACCGUUCCUAUGCUAUAAAAUAGAUGGAAUAAUUCUUUCCUCUAGUUGAAUUUUUGAGGAAAGUCGAGAUUCCUAAGACAUGGGAAUUUUGGCUGUGAGCUGCUAUGGGAAGUGUUAUUAUUUUCGUGGGUUUUUGUUUUUUUUUUUUUUUUUUUUUUUUUGACAAGUAUGUAAAUGGAUGGGAGCUCUUUUUGUGAUUCUGUUAUCCUUUUUUUCGUCAAGAGGAAGGGAAAUGUUUAUACAGGAUAUUGCUUGUAUUAUUGUAUCAAAAGUUUGAAAGUUGAGCAGAUGAACAAAUACACAUCUUGUGUUGCCUGCACAUCUUUUCCCUGUUUCUCACAAGGGCUUAUGUACGGCUUGUCUUGGUAGGGACCAGGCACUUCAUUAUUGAUCUGAGAGCUGCGCACUGCGCUGGCGAUGUUGAAUCAUAUGAGACAAAGUGAUAAUGUGUCCAAUUUAGUGUGAAUGAUGGAAACGUCACUUCAGAAAUAGCAGCUGACUUCGGUGCACACCUGCUCUAGUUCUAAUCUACCAAAACCAGCCAGGGAAAAGGCCAAACAAGAAAAUUGUUGUCAUUGAAGCAGAUCAUUACCAUCACAAGACCCAGAAAAUUUAUUAAAAAAAAAAAAAUCUCUACACUAAGCCUCAACAGCUCUGAGGUUUGUAUAUAACCAAAGAUAUGAGUGAGUGGACUGAAUCCACCGGCUACAAGAUGGGAUCUCAACUGACAUUGAAAAUGAGCAAAGUUGUAAAUUUUUAAAGGUAUAAAUUCAGAAUGUUUGU